CUCAGCUACACGUCGACACCGAAGAAGAAAUGCGGAAGUAGCCGAGGGGACGUCAUUGCUAGCAUGUGCUGACUGUGUGCUGUCUAGAAACUUCUCCGGCUCAGCGCCAACCCACAUUUCAAACAUUUAAUCCAGCGUAAAACACUACCGAAGCGACAAAAUGUCCGUAAUUGCCCAGGAACACGUUCGAGGCGGGAAUGUUUUUAAAGACCUGAGCGCCGACGACGAAGACUGGCAGCCGACCGAAAUCGAGAGCUUGUGCAUGAACUGCUACCAGAACGGUACGACACGUUUGCUCCUCACCAAAAUCCCCUUUUUCAAAGAAAUCAUCGUCAGCUCGUUCAGCUGCGACCAAUGCCGCUGGUCCAACACGGAGAUCCAGUCGGCGGGGCGCAUCCAGGAGCAAGGUGUGUGCUACACGCUUAAAGUCACGAGUAAACAUGACUUGAACCGCGAAGUGGUCAAAAUGGACAGCGCGACCACCAGAAUACCAGAGCUGGAUUUUGAGAUCCCUCCGUUUACGCAGAAAGGUGCUUUGUCCACCGUAGAGGGGCUUCUGGACCGAGCCGUUGCCGGGUUGGAGCAGGACCAAGCGGCCAGGCGGGAGGCUGACCCUGAAGUAGCUGAUAAAAUCCACACUUUCCUCCAGAAGCUGAAGAAGCUAAAAGACGUGGACGAGGCCUUCACGGUGGUGAUCGAGGACCCGUCAGGCAACAGUUUCGUGGAGAACCCGUCCGCCCCGCUGAAGGACGAAGCCCUGACGGUGUCCUGGUUUCGGAGAAGCGCGCAGCAGGAGAAGCAGUUGGGCUUGCGAGCUGACGACGAGUCGGAUAAUGACCCACCGCCCGGUGAUGAUUUGGAGUCCAUGCGAGGCGAGGUGCUGGUCUUCAACACCAACUGUCCGGAGUGUAACGCGCCGGCUUCCACCAACAUGAAGCUGGUGCAGAUCCCUCACUUCAAGGAGGCCAUCAUCAUGGCAACCAUCUGCGACUCCUGCGGCCACCGCACAAACGAGGUCAAAUCGGGCGGCGCCACCGAGGACAAAGGCACCAAGAUCACCCUGCGAAUCACCUCCGCGUCUGACAUGACGCGCGACUUGCUCAAGUCCGAAACGUGCUCCGUCUUCAUCCCGGAGCUGGACUUCGAGCUGGGCAUGGCGGCGCUCUGCGGCAAGUUCACCACCGUCGAGGGCCUCCUGACGGACAUUAAGGACCUGGUGGUGGCCAAGAACCCCUUCGUGUGCGGAGACAGCGGCGACUCGUCCCGCGCGGACAAGCUCAAGGAGUUCGGCGAGAAGAUCGACAGCAUCAUCGCGGGCCGGACCAAGGCCCGGUUGAUUCUCGACGACCCGGCGGGGAACAGCUACCUGGAGAACGUGUACGUGCCCGAACCCGACCCGGAGAUGACAGUGGAAAUUUACGAGCGCACUUUCGAGCAGAACGAAGAACUCGGGCUGAACGAUAUGAAAACGGAAAACUACCAGGACGAUAAUUGAAAAUUAGACGGCGCUUUCACAAUAACAAAAAAAUUUACCUCCAACGUGUUUGUUUUAUCACGUCACUUCUAGAGUUGAGCUCGUGUCCAUUUUUAAUCACGACAUAAGACAAUUUAAGUUGUUUAUGAAAGGGUGGGAAUUUAGGAACAUUUUUUUUAAUGGCAGAAUGACUUCAAGUUGUUUGAGUAAAGCAAAGCUGUGCUACUUGACAGCUAGUAAUUCUACAAGUGCACAUAUUUGGAAGAGCAUAUGAGUACAUGGGAAAUGUAUUUUCCAGAUUUAGAAUUGACUGGAUAGAAAUAUUUGGGUUGCAGCUGGCAUGGGAAUUCUCUCAUUUUAGAUUUUUUUUUGUGUGUGUGUGCAUACGUCAGUAUAAUUUAUCAGAGCAACGUUCAGAAUUGAAACUGAAUUGUAUUUUUUUAACAGGAUUAUUUGUAUAAUUAUCAAUUUUAUUUGGACAAUGACCGUUUGUAUUCAUCUGGUUUGGAGACCUUAUGUUAAAUGUGUGGUGGUAUGUCCAAUUAAAACGCCAAAUGUUGCAUCAUAUGUAUAUAUGUGAUAUCAGAGGUUUAAAAAUGUUGAAAUGCAAAACCAAUUCGGAAAUAAAGGU